CCCUCCCCUCGGGCCGCCGGAGACCGUGACACAGGUGCCGCUUCCUCCCGGCUGCUGAGGGUCAGAAGCAGGCCCGCGCGCCCCUCGCCACCGCUCGGCUUCUCCGUGCCCCUGGCCCGACCCGCGCCCCGCACCCGCUGGCGAUGAGCAGUCUCAACAGCACGUUGCCGCCCGACCAAGAAAUGGUCGACUCUGACCACAUUUUCAUGACGUUGGGUGUGAACAUCGCCAUCAUUGCAGGCGUGAUCGCCGCGAUAGCCAUCAUCCUGAUCUGCCUGCUUGUCAUCACUCUACGCUACUUGUACGGGCACAAGGGCACCUACCACACCAAUGAGGCCAAGGGCACGGAGUUUGCCGAAAGUGCAGACGCAGCCCUGCAGGAUGACCUCUCCCUCCAGGACACAGGUGGGGACAGCAGCAGAAAAGAGUACUUUAUCUGAGGGGCACCUGGUCCCCUCUCCCCCAAUGCCUUCUUCACGAGAAAAGAUACACCCCACAGCCCCACCCUGCUAUCUGGACCACCAGGCAGACCAUGAGAGCACCCAUCUCAUCCCAAGAUAUGCACCUGACCUGAGAACUCUGGGUGCCGGCCUGGGGACAGGAAAGAAAGAAGGAGGAACUGAGCCAGGAGAGGCCUGUCCCAGGCACCCAGGGAUGCAGUGGUCACCCAGGAGGCUCUGCCAGAGGGAGAAAAUCUGGGUCCUCCUGGGCAGUGUGGUUUGUCAUCAGCAUGGUGUGAAAGUCCUUGCUGGGUGGGUGGGCCUGAGGGCUGGGGAAGCAAGGAAGUGAGUCAUCUGUAAGCUGACUGGGGAUAAUGGCAUCAAAUGUCAGUCCUUGACAUUUGGGGGGAACAGCAGGUGCCAGCGCUAAAAGGCACCUUUGUCUCCCAUCGAUCCAGUUCUAAAUGAUUGGAAAUAAAUUUGAAAUGUAACCAAGCA